AUGACAUCGCCAUCGUCUUCUGAUAACCAUAAUAUAUCAGAAGAAUUAAAUAAUGAAGGCAACCAAGAAAUGAGUGAUGGGGAAAUUGUUGAUGAUAAAACAACAGCAACAGCCAAAGCCAGUAAUAUACAAGAAAAUAUAGAAGAUAAUAAAAAAGAAGAAAAAGAAGAAAUUGAAUUUAGAGAUAUCGAAAAAGAACAACAAGUUUUAAAUAAUUCAAACUGUAUAGAAAAAAACAAAAUUGAAACAACAGAAACAUCAAUAUCAACAGCAGCAACUACGACAACAGCAGUUGAAACCAAUUUAACUGCUAAUUAUUUUUAUAUUGACUCUGAAACAAUUGUAAAUGAAAACGAGCUUAUUGAAUAUUCAAAUAAUAAUAAUAAUAACACACCCAGUGGUUUGGUUUUAAGAAACAGCAGUAAUGGAAUCGUAACAUAUAACACACCCAUCGAAUCAAUUCCAUAUCCAUCAAUUGUCGGUGAUAGAUUAUAUAUGCCAUUGGCCUACAGUUCAGAUCAAAACCGUAAAGAGGAGCUUGAUUUUGAAGAAACAUUAAGAGAUUAUAAGAAUUUUAAAGAAAAAAAGAGAAGCAGAAGCUAUAGUAGUGAUAGAUCAAGAUCAAGAUCUAGAUCCAGAUCAGGAAGAAGAAGAAAUUAUAGCAGUAGUAGAAGCAGAUCAAAAAGUGACAGUAGAUCAAGAUCAAGAUCAUCACAUAGAUAUAGCAGCAGUAGUAAAAAGAGCAGCAGUAGAAGAAGAAGAAGAUCAAGAAGCAGUAGUGACAGUAGAUCAAGAUCAAGAUCAAGUAAAAGAUAUAGCAGCAGCAGGUAUAGCAGCAGAUAUAGCAGGAGUAGAUACUCGUCAAGAAGAGGCAGUAGAAGUCGCUCAAGAAGUCGUAGUUACAGUCGUUCAAGAAGAGAUAGAAGCAGAAGUCGUAGUUAUAGCAGAAGAAGGAGUUAUUCCACAUCAUCUUCAAGAUCACGCUCAAGAUCAAAUAGAAAAAGAUACUCUAGAUCAAAAAGAUCAAGAAGCACAAGUUAUUCAGAUUCUUCAAGAUCACGUUCAAGAUCAAAUAGAAGAUCAAGAAAAUCAAAAUCAAGAUCAAGAUCAAGAGAUAAACACUCAUCCAAAAACAAAUCAUCAACAAUUGGCAUAAAACCAAACCAACAAACCAGUUUUGUAACAUUUUUAAAACCAGAUGGAUCAUGGUUCGAUUCAGAUGAAAGCUCAAAGGCCUCAACACCAAAAAUGCAUUUAAUCGUUGAUAUUGACCAUACACUUAUUCAUUCAACUAAAGAUCCAAAUGGUGAAUCAUAUUUUUUAAAAGAUAAAACAGUUCACAAAAUUUCAUUCCCAGAAACCAAUGAAACAUUUUAUGUCAAAGAAAGACCAAAUGCAAUCGAAUUUUUAAGAACACUAUCACAACAAUUCUAUAUUUAUGUUUACUCUUUUCACCCAAAAUACUAUGUCGAGAGAGUUGCAUCAAUUUUAGAUCCACAUUCAAAUAUUUUUUCAAAAGUAAUAUCAAAAGAAAUUAUAGAAUCAAUUGAAAAUAUUAAAAUUUGCAGGGAAAAUAAUAAUUCACAAAAACCAUUUAUUGUAUUCAAUGAACAAAAUGUACCAAAAAUAUUUAAAUUUGAAUCAAUAAAUCAAUUAAUUAUAUUGGAUGAUCGUGAAGAUGUUUGGAGGAACUUUCAAGAUAAUCUUAUACUUUUAGAUACAUUUAAAUAUUUUAAUAAGGAAGUACAAGAUUUCACACCGAUCUAUCAAUAUCCAUUUUCAUUCCAAGAGCUAUCACGUGCAUUCCCAUUCCCAAAUAUCACAGAGUCAUUAAAUAAUAAUAAUUUCAAUAGUAACCUAAACCAAAUCAUUAAAUGCUCGCAAUAUCAGCAACAGCAACAACCCACCCAACAACCACCUCAACCAAAUAUAAACUUUUUAUCAUCAAACCAACCCUAUUUAGAUAUGUUUUCAUGUUUAUUAGGUGCAAUGCAAUCAGAAUUCAUUUCAAGAGAGAUUACCGAUCCUUCAUUACAUAUUAAAAGUGUUAUUCAAGAGAUUAGAAGCAGUGUAUUAAUGGAUUGUAACAUUGUUUUUAGUGGUAUUUUUCCUAAACAGAUUGAUCCAUCCAAACUUUGUCAUACCAGAGUUUCAAAAAUUACUGAAUCUUUUGGUGCUUCAAUCUCUCAAGAAAUAGAUUCAAAUACUACCCAUGUUAUCUUUAUUAAAGAGGGUACUUCUAAAGUUUUACAGGCUUUAAAAAAUCCAAAUAUUAAAGUAGUUCAUUUUGCUUGGUUAAGAGAUUGCAUUCAUCGUUGGGAAAGAAUUGAUGAAUUAAAUUACUCUGUAAAUUCCUAUCAAAAUUUAAUUAAACUUAAUUAA